AUGAGCUCUGCGAGCGACUCAUUCUCGACAAACUCCCCCGCCGAACAGAGAAAUCAUGACGUCGUGCACGCUGACUCGGAGUCGCAUCAAUCCGGGUCCGAAGGUGUCCUUGCGAACGUGAAAGAACAACUCAACUCCGUCACGGGUGGCCGGUCCAUCUCCGAAAUCGGCAGUGAAGUCUCAUCUGUUGCUAGCGAAAAGGUUCAAGACGCGAAGGAAACUGUCCUCCCUGUUGCGGAGGAGGCGAUUCACACCGUACAAGCGCAAAUACGGUCUUUGGCGGGGUCUCGCAUUGCUAAUGACUUUUUUUCUCUCUCUCUAGCUAUCGAUCCCACUGUGGACGCAGCUGAACAACAGCGAGUUGACCAGUUAGACACCGAGCGCAUUUGCGAUUUCUUACGAGAGAAACAUAUGAGUACGAAGCCGCCGCCCUCGACAAAUUAA